CGACGGACAAGACCGUCCCGAGAUCGGAUCCAUGGCGCUCGAAUCUCUGAAUUGGACCUCGAUCAUGUCAAACUACAUACGCUGCAUGUGGCUGGCCAUAGUUCAACCCCCCUGACCAGCCUUCCCGUCUUCGCCUGGCGCCCAUGGGGACAUCGUGCACUCGUUACCGUCACCAUAAUUUCCUUUUGGGCGCCAUCAUGCUCCGGGCCUUAACUAGACGUCCCCUCCCCCGCCUUCGCAGGCAUUACCCCCGAAGGUCUGCAUGCCAUGAGCAUCCUCCCCUUUCUCGGUCCCCUGCUCCUAGGGGGCCUGGUGUCGACGUUCUUGUCGGGAGUGGUAUCCAUGCAGACUGCCCUGUAUACGUCCGUGUACCAUACAGAUACCAUCUGGCUGCGGGCAAUGGUCUAUGUGAUAUGGGUGCUUGAUCUCCUGCACACUAUGUUUAUUUGCAUCGCAGAUUGGGACUAUUUGAUAGCCAAUUGGGCGGACCCCACAAUCCAAGAUUGGAUACCAUGGUCUAUCGGAGGAACAGUGAUGCUGACGGCGCUCAUGACGUUUAUAGUGCAAUGUUUCUUCGCAUGGAGGGUUCACACAGUCAGCUACAGGAAAUGGUGGAUAACCACGAUACUCGCUGCGGUCGCUUCGGCACGAUUGAUCGCCGCUUUGGUCUCGACCGCCUACAUGAUACGGCUACAGAGCUACGAAGCCUUCAGGCGAGACGUCGGUUGGGUUUUCACACUAGGCCUCUCACUCUCCGCCCUCCUUGACAUACUCGUGGCCGCCUCGCUGUGCUACUAUCUCCGAAAGAGCAGGAGCGCCUUCUCUUCAAUGGAUGCUAUCGUCAACACCUUAACGUUCUACACAAUCCAAAACGGGUCUUUGACAUUUGUCACCACCUUCAUUUCUCUUAUUUUGUGGGUGACUGUCGACAACCUCAUUUUCCUCGGACUUCACUUCGCGAUCACUAAGCUGUACGCGAACGCCUUCUUGUCAACGCUCAACGCGAGGAAGACCCUCCGCCUACAACAAUCCUCAGCCGAGCACGAUCCCUCGCUCCCAGUCGUCCUCGGAAGCGACCGCCACUCCCGCAUGCGCAUGCAAAGCGGGCGAAUGGCGCGCCCUGGCAUGACCGACAGUAUACCCAUGUCCACCAAGCAGGUGGAGAUCAACAUAGAGCGAAGCGUGCAGAUCAGCACGGACUUCGAUAUGCACGACGAACCGGACACGGAGAUGGAGGACGUUUCCUCGAAGGGGACGCCCCCAGGCGAAUUUUGAGACUCCGAAGACGGUGUGUACGAAGACAAGUCGAUGUAUCCACUGUACGGUGUAUGCUUGUUGUGAUCUAGUAUAUGUUCGAUUAGCUAAUUUGUAAGUAGGCGUGGACCUCACUUCUAAUCCUGCCAUGGCAGACCAC